AUGUCGACCAUUCGCUCCUCGUUCUGGCGCGGUGGCGUAUGCAACGCCCUCAUUUUCCAUAAAUCCGAUCUUCCCACGGACCGGUCAAAAUGGCAGCCUCUGUUUGCAGCAGCCCUGGGCUCUCCCGAUCCGUACGGCAGGCAGCUAAAUGGCAUGGGAGGCGGUGUUUCAUCCCUUUCCAAAGUGUGCGUUGUCUCACCGUCUACACGAGAUGACGCCGAUGUUGAUUUUGAAUUCGUUCAAGUCGUCAUUGAUGAUGGAUCACUGGAUUUUGCUAGUAACUGCGGCAAUAUGACUGCUGCCAUUGGACCAUUUGCCCUGGACGAGGGACUUGUCGGCUCCUCCAAUGUCACGUUGGCUUCUGCGAUGAAACACGCAAGCGUACGCAUCUACAAUACCAAUACCAAAAAACACAUUAUUGCUUCAUUUCCCGUAAAUGGAGAUGUUCCGAAAUUUAUUCCCCAUGGAACUUGUCGAAUGGAUGGGGUUCCUGGUACGGCAUCAGAAAUCCUGCUCUCUUUCCAAUCGCCUGGUGGAACACAGACUGGAAAAGUGUUACCCACCGGUCAGGGCAUAACAUCCAUGAAUGUUAAAGACAAGAACGGAAGGAAAAUAACGGCUUCGCUGAUAGACGUGGCAAAUCCGGGAGUAUACGUGGACAGCAGCGAUCUCGAAAUCGCACCAGAUAUUACACCUGCUGAGCUAGACCAUCAGAAGGAUACAAUGGCUUUGUUAGAAGCUGUUCGUCGGGAAGCUGCAAGAUUGAUGGGUAUGGAUCCAAACACUGGAAGUGUGCCCAAAGUUGUGAUAUUGUUCAAGCCUACGGAUGAAGAAGCAUCUAAAGGGGCCAAUAUUAAAUCCUUAACCUUAUCCAUGGGACAAGCUCACAAGGCCAUACCUCUCACUCUAGCUCUAAACCUUGGUGUUGCCUGUCGAAUAGAAGGUACACUAGCUUAUGGGCUAGCAAGGAAUAUGAGUCGAGAUGGGAGGGUGACAAUACAGCAUCCUAGUGGGAUGAUAGACGUUGGUGUUGAUAUAUCAGGGGAAGAUGUCUUGAGCACAACUCUAUAUAGCACUGCAAGGCUAUUGAUGAAGGGCGAGGUGAAUGUUGAAUAG